AUGGGAGUUUCAGGAACUUUGGACUACUUCUCUGAUUUACUAAGCAAUGUCAAGAAGGGCAAGAAAAAGAAGCAAAUACAAACUGUAGCACUCAAAGUCAGGAUGGACUGUGAGGGCUGCGAACGUAAGGUCAAGAGUGUCCUCUCCGGAGUUAAAGGUGCUAAAUCUGUGGACGUAGACUUGAAGCAACAAAAGGCGACUGUGACUGGGUACGUAGAGCCAAAGAAAGUGUUGAAGGCAGCUCAAUCAACAAAGAAGAAGGUAGAGAUGUGGCCUUAUGUGCCAUACACUUUAGUGGCAAACCCCUAUGUUUCACAGGCUUAUGACAAGAAAGCACCUGCUAAUCAUGUUAGAGCCGUUCCGGUCACAGCCACCGUCAGCGAGACCACCAUGGAUGACAACUACACCAACAUGUUUAGCGAUGAAAACCCCAAUGCCUGCUCCAUCAUGUGA